GACUGCCACCUUCAACAGAAAGCGAAGACGGCGAGGCGACGAUUCUGGUUUCGAUUCAGACUAGAAAACACGAACAUUAUUAGAUUUCAAAAUAAACUUUUACGAUGGAGGAAGUCAGCAAGCACUCUGUCCACACGCUGGUGUUCAGAUCACUCAAGAGGUCACAUGACAUGUUCAUAGCUGACAACGCCCAUCCUCCAAACAGGGAUGCUGAAGCAGAUAAGGUUAAGAUUGCCUGCAAAGUGAAAGACCAGUAUGGGAUGGUACAGAACCUGACAGCUACCACAGGACACCAGAGAAUAGCUGAGGACUCACAUCAAGGAACAAGGGAAGAGAGCCAGGGGUAUGAACAAGGAUAUGAGGAGAUUCCAGCCCACAUCCAACCAGGACAUCCAUACCCAAAUGCACCAGGAGUACCACUGUCUGAACAUACUGCAAGACAACCAGGUCUUAGUCAAGGAGGUGUUCAGCAGGUGUUGAGAGGGCUUCCACCUUCAGAAGCUCAGCUUCAGGCUUCAAGAACAGCUCCUGGAAUUGAAGAUAUUCAGAGGAAAGCUGGCAUUCCAGAGAGAAUACAACCCCCAGGAUCAAGGGCCUUGGUAGCUGUUUCCUCUGGCACCAAGAACUCAGCCAUUGUUCCUAGGAAAGCUCCCACAAUGCCUAAACCAAAGUGGCAUCCUCCGUGGAAGCUGUACCGCGUGAUCAGCGGCCAUCUUGGAUGGGUUAGAAGCAUAGCUGUGGAGCCGGGCAAUCAGUGGUUUGUCACAGGUGCAGGCGACAGGGUCAUUAAGAUCUGGGAUUUGGCUAGUGGUCAGCUGAAGCUAUCCUUGACCGGUCACGUGAGUGCUGUCCGUGGUCUGGCAGUGAGCCCUCGUCAGCCCUACCUCUUCUCCUGUGGAGAGGAUAAGAUGGUCAAAUGUUGGGACCUGGAAAUGAACAAGGUCAUUAGACAUUACCAUGGUCAUCUCAGCGCCUGCUACGCCCUUGACCUCCAUCCGACCAUUGACAUCCUGGCUACGUGCGGACGAGACGCCACCAUCAGGAUAUGGGACAUGCGGUCAAAGGCUUGCGUCCACACACUGACCGGUCACACCAAUACAGUAGCAUCGGUCAAGUGCCAGAGUGCUGAACCUCAGAUUGUAAGUGGCAGCCAUGACUCUACCAUCAGACUGUGGGACCUGGCAGCGGGCAAGUCCAGAGCAACCCUCACCAACCACAAGAAGAGUGUCAGAUCUGUUGUUCUACAUCCGAAACUGUACAUGAUGGCGUCGGCAUCUCCAGAUAACCUCAAGCAGUGGAAGUUCCCUGAAGGAAACUUCAUGCAGAACCUAGGAGGCCACAACGCCAUCGUCAAUUGCUUGGCUGUCAACUCGGAUAAUGUUCUCGUGUCGGGAGGAGACAACGGUUCCCUUCAUUUCUGGGACUGGCGGUCAGGCUUUAACUUCCAGCGGACCCAGGCCCCGGCCCAGCCCGGGUCGCUCGACAGCGAUGCUGGAAUCUUUGCCAUGACCUUUGACCACAGCGGCAGUCGACUUCUGACUGCAGAGGGCGAUAAGACCAUCAAGAUCUACAAGGAAGAUGAUGAAGCGACGGAAGAGACUCAUCCUCUAAACUGGAAGCCCGAGAUCCUGAAAAAGAAGAAGUAUUAAAAGAAAGAUGGCUGGCAUGUAUUCCUCUGAGUAAUGAUUGCUGUCUGUUAAUGAUGCCUUGCUCACCUAAACCUGGAUACAAUGGAAAGUCAUCUGCUACAAAGACUUUUUGUUAGGAUAAUCACAACACGUAGUUUAUUCUUCUACAAACCUUAUUAAUUUAGUGCCUGGUACGCAAGCUUUCGCCUACUCCUAAAAAUUUUCUCAAGCCAAGCGAUUCUUCACACAGUUUGUUGCUGUCUGCUGUCUCAAGAUCACUAGAGCUCAGUGAGAAGCAUGGCCCUGCGUGUUAUCAGUGUCUGUGAUAUGGUGUAAUAUUGAAGCCCCCCAAAAAUUGCGCUUCAAAAUGAUCAC